GCACUGACCAAAGAGCAGAUAAGGCUCAGUAGUCGGCAAGUUCAUUUUUUUGAUAAUAAAUGACUGUUUUUUUCAAAGUGAAUAGUACGUAAACAGUCGAGUACUUUUGGUGCCCUAAUUACGCAAUAAAAUAAGCUCUAGGUUAAGGUAGGUAUGUGUUGUUUUUAAUGGUAUGUCUAUGUACAUAAAUUUCAAUGGAUUUAUUCGAGAAACACUUCAUUGAGCUUCCGGAAUUUCACGUAUUUUGAUGAUCGAUAGAGAGAUACGAGCAAGCACACGAGAUUGAAAAGAUGACCGAUGAUCGCCAACGACAAAUAACCGAAUCGUCAUUUUUUGAACAAGAGUACAGUUUCACUGAAGACAUAAAUAAUGAAUCGUCCACAAAAUCAUCCUGUAUGCCAAAACGUUACAUUAUCAUGCUGCUAUUAUUUUUCGGAAUGAUGAACGUGUUUAUUUUGAGGGUAAAUUUAAACGUAGCUGUAGUGGAAAUGACUUCAAACCGAACCGUCGUCAUUAAUAACCAAACAAUCGAACAAAAACCAGAAUUCGACUGGAAUUCCAAAACUAAAGGUAUCCUGUUGAGUUUAUUCUUCUACGGGUACAUUAUUGUAAUGCCAUUCGGAGGUUACUUGGCCACGAAAUUUGGCGGAGUGAGCACAUUCGGUAUAGGAAUAUUUGUAACAGCUAUUUUCACCAUCAUCUCACCGAUCAACCUUUACAUGGGAAUUUACUGGUUUGGAUUUUGCAGAAUAAUAGAAGGAGCAGCCGAGGCCCUCUGUUACACCAGCACAGCAGAUAUUUGCUCUAGAUGGACUAAACCGGAAGAAAGAUCGAGACUGCUAUCAUUAACUUUCAGUGGUGUACAUAUCGGAAUUACUGCAGCGUUCCCUUUAUGUGGUUUUGUAGCUAAAUCAUAUGGAUGGCCGGCCAUAUUCUAUGUGACAGGUGAGAGCCAUGAAGAAUACUUGAAAAAGCACGCGACUGAUCAUUCUCCUGAUGAUCGAGAUCGCAAGUUUCUAACACGGAUUUGGAGAUCUGGUCAGAAUCAGAAGCCAUAUCCUUGGAAGAAUCUCCUGACAUCGCGUCCUGUAAUAAUCCUGCUAUUGUCAAAAGUUUCAUACGGUUGGGGGUAUAAUCUGAUGGUGCAGUGUUUCCCUAUGUACAUCAAAGAUGCCACAGGAGCCAAAAUAGAUCAAGUAGGAUACUUAUCCGCUAUUCCGAAUUUUGCUGGUAUACUCACAAUGCCCUUGAGUGGAUAUCUACUCGACACAAUAAUCAAUAGAAAUAUCUUGACUCCAACAUACGCCCAUAAGCUGAUGAUGUGCACAAGUUUACUUGCAUCAGCCAGUUUACUAUUAGCAGUCUCGUAUUUGAACAGCUUCAAUAAAAUUUUCAUCUUGUUUAUCCUCUACAAAAUGACGAUAAAUUUCAUGUUCGUCACUGAACACUUGGUACCAUUAUACCUAUCACCAGAAUAUGCCAGUGGAGUACAAGGUAUAACUUCACUCGGAUACAUAUCGGCUAAUAUAAUAUCACCAACAAUUUUUGGAUUCAUUGUAACCGAUCAUAGCAUGGCACAAUGGAACAAAUUUUUUACCAUAUCUGCUUUUUCGAGCAUAGUGAUAUCGUUAGUUUUUGGAUUAUUUUCAUCGAGUGAACUUCAACCGUGGUCUGGCAGAUCAAAAAAUCAAGAAUUUCAGCCCAUAGAUCAAUAAAAUUAUUGUUUUUAAAACUU